UCUUCUUCUUCUUCGUCGCCGUUGUCGUCGUCAUCCGCUACAAUUCCGGUAACAGAAAAGAUCCAUCGCUAUCCUCCUCCCACUCCUCACUAUAUAUUCACUCCCUUCCCCCCCGCCCACCCUCGCUUCGCUCACUUCGCUCGCUUCCCAUUUUCCUCCUCUGCUGCUGCUGCUGCUCCUCCUCCUCCUCCUUCGUUGCCGCGCUCCGUCAGCUCGCACCCAUGGAUCUCGACCUCUCCCCGAAGCUCGCGAAGAAGGUCUACGGCGGCGACGGCGGGUCCUACCACGCCUGGUGCCCCUCCGACCUCCCCAUGCUCCGCGAGGGCAACAUCGGCGCCGCCAAGCUCGCCCUCGAGAAGCACGGCCUCGCCCUCCCCCGCUACUCCGACUCCGCCAAGGUCGCUUACGUCCUCCAAGGGUGUGGAGUUGCUGGAAUUGUCCUCCCUGAAUCUGAGGAGAAGGUCAUAGCAAUCAAGAAGGGCGAUGCUAUCGCCCUCCCUUUCGGCGUCGUUACCUGGUGGUACAACAGGGACGACACGGAUUUGGUCGUUCUCUUUCUGGGCGAUACAUCAAAGGCUCACAAAGCUGGGCAAUUCACCGAUUUCUUCCUAACCGGUGCUAGUGGCAUCUUCACUGGCUUCACCACUGAGUUCGUGAGCCGAGCGUGGGACUUGGAAGAAGGCAUCGUCAAGUCGCUCGUCGGUAGUCAACCAGGCAGUGGCAUCGUGAAGCUUGAUGCUGGUUUCAAGAUGCCAGAACCGAAGGAGGGGCACCGGAAUGGCAUGGUUUUGAACUGCGAGGAGGCUCCAUUGGAUGUCGACAUUAAGAAUGGCGGACGAGUUGUUGUUUUGAACACCAACAACCUGCCUUUGGUUAGUCAGGUUGGUCUUGGGGCCGAUCUUGUUAAGCUGGAUGGAAGUGCAAUGUGCUCUCCGGGCUUUUCUUGUGAUUCGGCACUGCAGGUGACCUACAUUGUUAGGGGCAGUGGCCGCGCCCAGGUUGUUGGUGUCGAUGGCAAGAGGGUCCUGGAGACCACUGUGAAGGCUGGGAACUUGUUCAUCGUGCCCAGGUUCUUUGUUGUCUCGAAGAUUGCGGAUCCGGAUGGGAUGGCCUGGUUCUCUAUUAUUACAACUCCCAAUCCUAUAUUCACUCAUCUUGCUGGGAGAACUUCGGUUUGGAAGGCCUUAUCGCCUGAAGUGCUCCGAGCAUCUUUCAACGUUCCCCAGGACGUGGAGGAGGCUUUCAGCUCCAAAAGGAUGGAUUCCGAGAUCUUUUUCCCUCCCAACUGAGCCAAGUGAACAUACUCUUUUGUUUUGGUUUUAAGGGUCUAAUAAUAAAACCCACCCCCCACGGUUCGAGGAUGUCUCUCUUUCGUGUCGUGUUUUUUCCCCGUCGAAGUCAGUAAGAUUGGGGGGUUGGGGUGUCUUUUGUAAGGUCUUUAUGAGGUAAAUACUGGGACAUGCUAAGUGCUAAUUGCUCUCUGUUUUCAAUAUAUCACCACGUUUUCGAUGUUUCA